AGUUGGUACUUAUUGAUAAUAAUAUCAGAUCUUUAGAAGAAAUAUUUUUCUGAUUUUGAACAAAUCAUUGACUGGUUCGUUCAGCAACACUCGUUCGUUUCAUUCUUUACAUUCAAUCGUUCUACAUGAAUGACCAUUCUUUAAAAUAACAAAGCUGGUUCAUAGAUUCAAUGAUCAAAUUAUGACCAAUGUAUGGCAUUCAACUUGUGCAACGAACGUACACGCCCAGCGAAGUUAAAAUCGCAAAGUAAAUAGAAAACAUUAACUAUGAGAAUAUUCUGAUAGUUUAUUGAAUUUUUUAUUUAGUUUAUCUUUUCGUUGAUAACUAAGUGUGGAGGAUGUCUGUGAGUGCUUCGGCCGAAAACCUCUCAACGGACGCACAAAGUUGUGAUGGCGGCUCAAUGUGUCUGGAGCUGGCGCUGGAAGGCGAGCGCCUGUGCAAAGCCGGGGACUGCCGCGCCGGCGUGGCCUUCUUCCAGGCGGCUAUACAGGCGGGCACUGAUGAUCUUAGAACGUUAAGCGCUAUAUACAGUCAACUGGGCAACGCUUACUUCUAUUUAGGAGAUUAUAACAUGGCAAUGCAGUACCACAAACAUGAUUUAACCUUAGCUAGGACAAUGAAUGACAAAUUAGGAGAAGCUAAAGCCUCAGGAAACUUAGGAAACACGCUUAAAGUGAUGGGCAAGUUUACAGAAGCAAUACAGUGCUGCAAGAGACACCUGGAGAUAUCACGGGGUCUAGGCGACAAGCUGAGCGAAGGGCGGGCGCUAUAUAACCUGGGCAACGUGUACCAUGCUCAAGGGAAACAGCUCGGUAGAGUUGGACAAAAUGAUCCCGGACACUUCCCACAAGAGGUGCGCGAGUGUCUCGUGCAAGCAGUUGCCUAUUAUGAAGAGAAUCUGGAGCUGAUGCGCAGCCUCGGUGACAGACAGGCCAUGGGUCGGGCGUGCGGCAACUUGGGCAACACGUGCUACCUGCUCGGCGACUUCGCGCGCGCCAUCCGCUACCACACGGAGCGCCUGCAGAUAGCGCGUGACUUCGGGGACAAGGCGGCCGAGCGGCGCGCCAACAGUAACCUCGGCAACUCACACAUAUUUCUCGGACAGUUUGAAAACGCCGCAGAGCACUACAAACGCACGCUGUCGCUGGCGGAGGAGCUGGGCGACGCGGCGGUGGAGGCGCAGGCGUGCUACUCGCUGGGCAACACGUACACGCUGCUGCGCGAGUACCGCGUGGCCGAGGAGUACCACGCGCGCCACCUGGCGGCCGCGCGCCGCCUGCACGACCGCGUCGGCGAGGGCCGCGCCUGCUGGUCGCUCGGCAACGCGCACGCCGCGCUCGGCAACCAUGAGAAAGCGCUCUAUUUCGCCAACGAACACUACAACAUAUCCAAAGAAUUGGGUGACGUACUCGGGAUGGCGACGGCUCAAAUGAAUAUUGGCGAUCUGCGCAAGGUGCUAGGGAUGCCGGCGGAGGCGGACGACUCUCCUCCCGCGCCUCCCUCGGACGAUGACAGCGCACCCCGCACGCCGUUCAAUGCUCUACGAGUCCGAAGACAGAGCAUGGAACAACUAUCCCUGAUACAGAUUACUCCUGACGCCAAGAAGAACGAGAAGGAACCGGAACCAGAAACGAAAAAAGAGAUCGCCCGCACUGAAUCCGAGGACAACCCGGAGUCGUUCUUUGACCUGGUGCUGCGAUGCCAGUCGGGGCGCAUGGACGAGCAGCGCGCCAUCCUCAAUAGCAACAAGGAGAACCGGCACAAGCCCAAGCCCAACGCCACCAAGAUACAGAACAUGGGGUCCAGCGACACGAUGCUGGACAUGAUCAACAGCAUGCAGUCGGAGCGCAUAGACUCGCAGCGCGCCGAGCUGCGGCCCGCGCAGAAGGCGGCGGGCAAGGAGCCGGGCCCCGGCACGUCGCUGCCCGGGCUGCGCGCGCAGCACACCACGCACUCCAAGCCCGAGGACGACUUCCUCGAGAUGAUCGCGCGCGUACAGGGCUCCCGCCUGGAGGACCAGCGCACGGAGCUACCGCGCCCGCGCCCCGAGCCCGCCAAGCCCCGCCCGCGCCCCGAAAACAGGGGCACUCUGCCCGAUGAUGACUUCUUCUCGCUGCUGAUGCGGGCGCAGGGAGGCCGCAUGGAGGACCAGCGCGCUGCAAUCCCAAUAAAAAACAACAGCGCUCCCAAGAACGACACCAACGCGAAGAAGUAAACACGUGUUGAGUGCUGUUGUACGCGACACGCGCGACAUGUCUCCUGUCCAGCGAUGCGAUAUAUUAUUUGAAUUAGUGUUGGUUAGGUUGUCGCUCGUUGUACAUUUGUUUAGUAGUUUGCACGCGAGUCAUGUCAGCGGCCUAGCACUAGCGAUCGACUUCAAUCACAUCGACUGCCUCCUGCCAACAUGUAACCUACGAAGGAAACAUAUUUUCUUUAGUAUUUGCAUAUCAACAUAAUUAAUAUAAUGAGAUGCUAUAUAAAUAUAUACCACAGCUGCUACGGGAAACAGUAAUGUGUAUAAAUGGAGUACUGUAAUGAAGAGCUAGUUGAAGCAAAGACUUAGUAUUUUCAAAUUGAUUUAACUAUCCUGCAAUGCUAGUUCAUUAUUGUAUCUAGGUUUGCAAUACUAUCUCCCGUUGAAACAGUGUUAAAUAUUUUUAUAGCUCCUUAUACAAAAUUAGAUUUAACAAAGAAAUUGCAUAUUUAUAAUAUGUUCUAUAAUGUAAAUUGCGGUAACAUGCGGUCUAAUAAAAACUAAGGAUAAUUUUGUUAACAAAGAUCCGGCCUCUAUUGAAUAGAUUUACUAUAAUAAAGAUGAUUAUUAGUUGUAAUAUUUCGUUUGUGUUCACGACACAGUGCAUGACGCGGCGAGGCUAUACCUAAGUACACAAUGCUACAAUAUUCGUCCGUUGCUAAAUUAUUUACUUUGCUACGUAAGUGCCUGACGUGUUCGUCUUUGUUGUUACAAUCUAAGCUAACGUUCUAUGGACUGCGCGUUUAUAUUAUUAUGUACUCAUUCUAACUCGAUAUGUUAUACGACUAUAAAUAUUAGUUUUACUACAUGAAUUUUUCAAUCAUGCGUUUUACUUGUUAACAAUGUCCUAUGUGUAUUUUGAAUAAUUAUGAAUAACUUUAAAAUACUUUGAAUCGAAGUUUGUAAUGUAAAUUAUGAUAGUGCUCCACUAUUGGCAAUAAUUUAAUUUAUAAAUUGAUAGCUGUAAGCGGUAAGUGUAGGUAAGUAACGUGACAGCGGGACGCGUGGAGCACGCGCCGCCCUGCGUUCCCUGAUCUUGUGAUGUUUCAUCUUUGUCUACGUAAUUAUACACUUUAUACCCACAAGUGAUCUUAUUAACUGAUUGUGAUUUUAUGUAUUUAUUUUUACUCAAUGAAUUACUCCAGUUUCAUAUUGUUUACCAAAAAUAUUAACGACUGUAGUUAGUUUUUGUUAUUUUGUAUACAAUAUUCAUUCCAAAUGCAUUUAGGUACUAUAUUAUAAUGUAUACAAAUGUGUUCUAUUUAUAAACAUAUUUUCUAUUGAACAACUAGGGUGGAGAUGAGGACUCGAACUAUUGACUGUUAUUUUAAUGAAUGAUCGAAUAGUAGCUAGUAAUGCACAGUAAAACGACACAUGAGCGCCCAGCGGAACGAACUUGCGGUGACACAGCACUAUUGACUCACCAACUGACUCACGACUAAUGUUCACAACUACAUGUACGUGCUAUAAUAUUUUUGUAGUGUCUCCUUUGGCAAACCACCACCAUUCAAAUUGUAGUAUUCUGUCAACUUGUGUUAUUAAUUCCAAAAAAUAAGUUCAUGUGUACGGACACAAUAUAAUAAUGAAAUGAGGCAUUGUGGCCAUAAUUGGCCAACGUUUGAGUAAUGUCGCGGUGGAGAUGAGUCUUGUAAACAUUUAUACUUUAGUCGGAUCGAAGAAUCUUACUAGUUAGGAUAUAUAUUUCAAAUUUUAAACAUAAAUUUGUACAAUGAACGAUUUGGCAUAAUUCUUAUUACUACUUUAUGUUCAUUGUCAAAACCUAAAUUUAUAUAACAUAAGAAAUUGUUAAUGUAGGCCAAUAAAUGCCAAACUACACAUUUGAACUGA